AUGCAGUCAUUUGAGGCGUUCCGCGUUGUCGGGUCCAUCUGCGGUCCCGUCCCCAUCAGCGCCACGCUGCUCUAUGGCACGCCCGUGCUGAUGGCGGCGACUGGUCGUACCUUCCAGCUGUACAAAGGGAAGGAACUGGCCAUGAUGCGCGGUGGCCCCACCUUUCAAGGCCCGGUGCGCGCGGUGGCCCAGGUCGGCAAGUACCGCGCCGUCGCCGAGGGCUCUCGCUUACACGUCUUUGUCCAUCACAAGGCGCUGUGGACGAAGCACCACGAGGAGGCAACGAAGCCUGCCAUCACGCACCUGCUCGCCCAGGAUGACCUUCUUUUCAGCCUCGGCGAGGACAAGCGCGUUGUGGUCUGGGAGCUCAAGACUGGCAACGCCCUGCAGGAGAUGCUGGUGGAGAGGAGCGAAACCGUGACGGCGCUUGCACUGCUGACGGGGUACACGAACAAGCUGCUGCUCACCACCGCGGAGGGCACGCUGCAGCUGUGGAACUUCCGCUCCGGGUCGUGCCUGUGGUACUCGCAGCGAAGCGGUGCCGUCGCCAUCACGGCCGUUGCGUGCAGUCGGUACAAGAACAUCGUUGCGUACGGCACCGCCGACGGCAAAGUCACGACGUGCAACAUCGCCACCGACGAGGUCAUCACCACCUUCGACCACGCGGACGGCGGCGCCGUCACCUCCCUCUUGUUCCGCACCGACAAGGACGGUCUGCUUGUCUCGGGCACGAGUCUGGGUGAGGUGGUAAUGUGGGACCUGGAGAAUAGAUGCAUGGACGGCACCCUGACGCGGUCCAAGCAGGUCCGGUCUGAGCUGGAGGCGCUGGAGCGGCCGCAUGUCGACGCGGUGCACUCCUUGGUCAUGUUCGACCUUCCUGAGUACACCGCCGUCCUCAUCACGGGUGGCGCCGACAACGCCCUCAUGCAGUUUCGCUUCGACACCGUCGACGGACUUGGGGUGCUGGUGCGAGAGCGCCGCGGACACAUGGGCAGCUGCACCGACGCCAUCUUCUACAACACGGACCUGCUCGUCACCUCCGGCAACGACCGCGCGCUACGCGUGACGCACGUCUUCUCAGACCGCGCGUCGUGGGAGCUGUCGCAGGGGAAGCUGGGCAAGCGCGGCCGCGAGAUGCAGAUGGGGCGCGAGGCGGUGAAGCUGCCGCCCGCCACGGCCCUCGCCGCCGCCACGACACGAAACUACCAGUGGUCCAGCUUAGUGUCCCUGCACGCUGCGUCGGCGCUGGCGUGUGGCUGGCGCAUGGACAGCCGAGCGAUGGAGUUCAAGCUCUCCGGUAUCCAGACGUCCGCCCACACCGCCCGCGCGCUGGCGCUGUCGGACUGCGGCAACUACGCCGUGGUGGGCUACUCCAGCGGCAACGUCGCCGCCUUGAGCCUGCAAAACCGCAGCGUGCGUCACCUUUUCGACCCCAACCUCGGCGCCGAUCGCGCGCACGACAGCUCGGUGGAGUGCGUCGAGGUGGGGUGCAGCAACACGACUGUCAUCACAGCCGGCUUAGACGGCGUCAUCAAGAUGUGGGAUCUCUGGACCGGCAAGCUGAAAGCCUCCGUUGCGACGGAGCAGCCGAUGACGAAGUCGUGCCUGCACGAGGCGUCCUCGCUUUUCAUCGUCGCCCAGCACUUCACGAUUCGGGUGUACCACGCCAACCCCGACGUCGGCCUCACCGCGGAGGAGCUCCGCACACCAGUGCGUGAGCUGGAGGGCCACAACAGUCCCAUCACAGCGUUGGCCCUGGCGCCCGACACCUACCGCUACGUUGUCUCCACCUCGGGCGACGGCGCGCUGCUCGUGUGGGACCUCGCCGCGGCGGCCUGCGUCGGGCAGUACCGCUUCGCCGCCCCCGCGCUCUCGCUCAGCUUCCACCCUGACGCACUCUUCCUCAUCACAACACACGCAGGGGAGCGUGGGGCCUACCUGUGGGUGAACAACAUCCGCUAUGGCUACGUGCCGGAGGUAGUGCCCGACCCCAAGGCGAAGGCGACGGAGCGGCUGCCGUGGCUGCAUUUCCCAACAGCGCACGGGGCGGCCGAGGAGGACGCGCUGGAGGAAAGCGACGGAAGCGGGGCGGCACGGCUGAACACCGCUGCCGCGUUGGCGGAGGCGGAAGCGGAGGAGCGGGAGGCGGCGGCGACCGAGGCGCGGGAGGCGGCCGCCGCGGAGGCGAACCUCUUUGACGCGUCGCACGACAUUGCCCUCGUGCGCCGACGCCAGCGUGAGGCGCAGCAGGCGGCGCUCGACGCCAUUCCCAUGCAGGGCCUGGAGCUUGCCGGCGUGCCGCAGAGCCUGUGGUUCAACCUCACGGUGCUGGACCAGAUCAAGGAGAAGAAUCAGCCGCUGCUGCCGCCUAAGAAGAAGGAUGUGCCCUUCUUCCUCCCGACCACGCAGGAGCUGCGCCCCACCUUUCUCGUCGUUGCCUCCGACAACCGCAAAGCAGGGGGAGAGGCGGACGGAGCUGGUCGCAUGACACGCGCGAACCUUGAGGAGCUGACACCGGUGCAGGACAUGCUCGUGAAUAACCGCCACGAUGCUCUGAUGGACUACUUCCUGUCGCUCAAAACCGCGCAGGCGAUCGAUCUGGAGCUGAAGCGCGCGGUGGACUACGUCGACGGGAGCAGUUACACCGCCGCGGAGUUGGAGCGAAUGCAAAGUUGCUUGAAGGGCCUGCUCUCCUUCAUCACCGCGUGGUUGCGGAAGCAGAAGAACGUCGACCUUGUGCAGGGCAUUCUGGCGGAUGUGAUUCGCUCGCAUGGUGGGCUGGUGACCCGUUUUGGAGAGGCGCUUGUGCCGGCGCUGGAGGAACUCGCGGAGGUGCAGAACACGACGCGCUACUCGAUCGAUCAUCUCGUCUCCUACCCUGCGUGCCUCGCCGGAACCUUCUCCGGCACGCUGUUCUAA